ACGCCAGCGCUCCUACAGUAAAUAUUUGUGUUUGCUCAACCGGCUGUAAUGGUGGACGACUGAAAGAGAAAAGCGGAGAGACUAAAUCUCAAAAAUCCUGUCCCGGGUAAAGCACUGUUGUUCGUGGCUCGGAAAUAAACACCAGCGAAUAUGGAUGAACUCAAGCAUCAAGUUAUGAUAAACCAGUUCGUCCUGACAGCUGGAUGUGCCGCAGACCAGGCGAAACAGCUUUUGCAAGCGGCACAUUGGCAGUUUGAGACAGCCCUUAGUGCCUUCUUUCAAGAGACAAAUAUACCUUACGGUCACCAUCAUCAAAUGAUGUGUACUCCUGCCAACACACCCGCGACCCCACCAAACUUCCCAGACGCCCUCACCAUGUUCUCGCGACUCAAAGCCUCAGAAAGCUUCAACAGCAGCAGCAGUCCCAGCAUGGCCACCUCGCCCCCUCCACCUCCGGUCAGCUGGGGCAUGACCCCACCCGUGCCCAACCAGCAGGGCUUAUGGACUCAGGGCCCUUCCCCGCAACAGGCCCACCCGCCCCCAGGCUGGCCCUCGGCUGUCAACCAGCAAGCGGCAACCGAACAGAAGGCCAGCGUCGCCAUGGAGGCCGAGAGAUGAGGGCCUGGACUACACGGCCCACGGGAGGGGAGCGAGGGUCAGGGGCACUGGUUUCUCUCUCUCACUCACCAAAACAUGGAGGGGGAGAGAGCGUAACCAAGAAUAACCGAGCGACAUGGACAUUUACAGAAGAGGAGCGAAAGCCAACACAAAGGUAAUAAGAGAAAUAAAGAAACAAGCGCACAUUGUAUUACUAAGAAAGAGAGCAACUGAAUUUUUUUUUCUAUAAUAAAAAAGUAGUUUAACAUAUAUGGGACUAUGAUCAUCGCGCCCUUGGAUUAUUUCUGGUAUUUUCUCAAAGAUGGACAUCUAGCAUCUGAGGCAGCAAUUUUUCUCACGUUUUACUUUUUAUCCUUUUAUCUGAUGUUCUUUAUGCAAGACGUUGCAUGUGGAUUAGCGAUCUGUUUUUGCGGUUUUGAACUAACUAGUAAUGCAAGCGUUCAUGUGUACAGUGUGUGAGACUUACACACUUUGUAACAUUAUUGUGUAUCGGACUUACAUUUUCUCUUUCCCCAUUGGAUAAUGGGACUUUUUUCGUACCUCACUGGUCACCUGACUCUACUCAACCAAUCAGGGAAUCUCACUAGUUGAACACACUUUUUUCGAACUCGAAACGGAUUUUCCAUGAUGCUUUGCUUUGUCCAAUAUGCAGUAACUCAUGGAUGUCCUCAAAGAUUGUAAAGAUUGGUCUGAAAGAUCUGGAUCUUUUAUACUCAUGGUUCACAGUUUUAUUUAAAUCUGUUUUGGGGGGAGCUGGUCAGCUGGUUUAGGUGUGUUGUUUCUUAGUCGGGGAGAGUAAAUCCAUACCGCUAAAGCUACAUUAAAACAGACUACUAUACAACAUGUUUGUAAGCAGACUUGCCACUUUGCAUGAUGUAUUCAUAUGUAUGUCAUAUUUUGUAGUUUCUUGCUUUUUGGGGGAAUUCUACAUGAACGCUUUUCGGGAAUUCUGUCUCAUUAACAGCUUUAGAAAAAGUAUCUCCUAUUUAAGUUGUAAUCCUGGCCACAUCCUCUUUUGUAUUUGUAUUUAUGUAAAAAGUAGACAUCUAAAAUAAAGUUUAAUUUCCUAUUGGAUGAAAACAAUCAUUUUCAAGAAGCAGUCAGUAACCCAUUUUUAAAAAAUCUUUUGUUUUAUUUUCCUUUUUGCACCAAUUUCUGAUCAAACUUUUCUUUUGGGGUCACUUGUUCCCAAAUGGUUUUCCAUGUAUGUUUUCCCCUGUUUGACUAUAUUGAUACCAUUCCCACAAUAUUUGUGGACUACCUGAUAAUUAACUUAUCAUUGUUUGUGUUCCUGAAUAAAUAUUGUAUGUCCUAUGGUGUGA